UUCGUUGCACCUUGUGCAUUUUUUCAACUACUUUCAACCAAAAACGAAAAACAGUUUGUGAUUUCUCCAAUUUAUUGAUGGACAGAAUUCGAAGAAAGGCCAGCAAAAGACGCAAGUCUAAAAAGAAAUCGAAACAUGAUGAUGAUGAUCGUUCGAAUGCCGAUUUACAUGCGUCGCUGAGUGACUCAAUUUUUAAAGAUUCGUUCGAUAAGUUCCUGGGCGAUAGAGGCGAUCGCCGUAAGCAAUUAAAUCUGAAAACAAAUGUGAGAGCAUCCUUUAAUCGAGACAGCAGCUUCGAGUUGUCCACAAUCGAACCAGACCCAACUACAAAGAUCCAAACGAUAAAGUCGAUCAAUACUGUUUGUUCAACGCCCAAUUUCAAAUUCAGCAAUGCCCUUGGUACUCUAGCAAAUAAUACCCCGCGAAAUAUGUCGUCCGAUCUGUUUGCAUCGUAUGGAUCAGAGGACAGUGGGACAGACUUCCAAACGAACAGUCGACGAGAUAGCAAAAUGUGUUUGAUAACGACAGGACAGGACAAACUUUCGAAACGGAAGGAACCUUAUCGUAAUGGAUGUGAAGUAGAAUCUAUGGAAGAAGAAGAACGUUUCCAAAGUUACAACGUGGCGACAACUGGUUUAGAGUCUCUUGUAAGUUCAGAGUUUUCACUUUUGGUAAAAUCUGAAAAUCUGUCGGAUAAGGCUGAAACAUCUGCUUACAAUGAUUCAAUGUCAAUGUCAAAUAUUCAGCCUUGUGGUGCCAACUGUUAUAAUAAUGAUGAAGACGAAAGCAAGUUUUUCGAAUGCCUACGGAAGAAGUCGUCAGACCGGGGAAGCGACAAUGUAAAUUUCUCAAGUCAAAUGUCUGCAAGCAACGAUUCAGUGAAUUUUGACCGGACAAACAGUAAUAGCUGUUCACAUAGCUCUCACAACUCGAUCGAUUGUCUGCAGGACACUCGUAAUUUAUCAGAUUCAAUGCCAAUGAAAUCAUCAAUUUGGCAAAGCAAAACUGAAAACGAUCGAUGUGAAAGCUGCAUAGAAAUUUCUUCAGAAGCCAGCUCUUCAUUUAUAAACGCAACACUGGAUGAGGUCUCUAAAUUACACUCCAGCAAUGUCGCCAGCAGUGCUGCAAUCAAAUUAGAAACUGACAGCAACAUCUCCUCUCCCUCAAAUUGUCCGUCAAAUUUUGAUGCAUCGAUAAAUGUGCAAACGAUGUCGUCGGAUGCAGGAAAUGGCAGUUUCAUAAAAUAUCUACGUCGUCUUCGCAGGACGCUUGUGGAAAGGAUGCAACUGAAAGCGGACAAUGUGGAACCAGUGGAUUAUUUAUGCUGCAACCACAAUUUAAUUAAUGUUAAGACUUCGGACAAUUCUGCAUGUGACAACUUUCCGGAAAAUAAUGACAGCAAUCAUACAGAACCGGAAUUCAAUAAUCAGCAGGAGUGCGAAAACAGCAAUUUGAAUUCAAGUUCGUCUCAAUACACGGAUAGUGGUGCUGUGUCGUAUGAUUGGCAAGAAUCUCAUAGCAAUCAAGCAAAUACGAGUAUCAACCAUCCAAUUGAUCCUACAUUUUCCAACGACAAAAGCUGUAAAAAUGUAUCGAAGCGUAAACGUUCGAAAUUAAAACGGUUAGCGAAUGACGCAACUUCCUCGGACCCCAUCAUCAACUCACAAUUUGUUGUCACCAGAAAGAAACCCCAAUUGUUGGUUUCUUGUGGAGAUGCUACUGAGCUGAACGCUUGCAACGAAACCAAUGCAACUGUGACGUCAUUCAGUCAUACCGUAGUAUCGCCUCAACAGAAUUGUCUGGAUGGAGAAACACAAACAUCCAAUCAAAUCGAAGAUGGCAUUUCAAACGAAAAUUCAUUCUUAACAGAAGCUGAUUACGAAGCGAUCGAGUGUAAUGAGCUGAAUAACAAAAAGACAACCGACCCUUCAAAUGUGAUGCAUAGCGAAUUAUCGACGAGAACUAACGAAAGCGAAACUUCGAAACUUAGUGAUUCUAAACCAAGUUCAAGAGGCCAUUUAAGUGAUAUCAGUAACAACAUAAAUUGCGCCAACGUCACGAAGAGAAAACACAACAAAGUAGUAAAGAGUCUCUAUCUACCGGCAAUUAAAGAAUCAAAUGAAUAUGAUUCAGCAGAACACGAAAACGCAGGUGACGAAGCAUCUAUCACCAAACAGAUGGACACAGAUUUACAUUCCUUAACAUUGCGUUCGGGUAAAUGGAGACGUUCGCUCUUGGCAUAUCAUAGACAUUCGAUUUCGGUUAAGUCAGCUUAUCUAUUGGAGCAAACCGAUGUCGAAUCGAUCAAUAGCCUUAAAAUCUCGUUAUCGAACGAAUCAAAUCGUCAAAAGCUACGCCACUCCGUGUCCUUCAAUUUGUCCAGAGAUAACUUUGCCGAAUUUAAUGAAACAUCUGAUCGAAGGGCAGCUCGUCGACGUCGUACAAGCGUAGUCAAUCCAACCGAUGUCGGACGAUUGACCGAAUUUAAUUUUCGAUCAACAUAUGAGGCACGUGAUACAAUAUUAAGAAAAUGUGGUCAGUCAGAACCGCUUGAAUUUGAAGAUAUCUACUCUCAAGGCGCCCUACGACAUUGCCGUAAAAUUGGUGAAGGAGUUUAUGGCGAAGUGUUUAUGAACAAAACUGACGCAGGACGCGCUGUUGUUCUCAAAAUUAUACCGAUUGAGGGUGCAUUAGAGGUCAAUGGAGAGCCACAAAAAAAAUUCGACGAAAUAUUAUCGGAAAUUGUAAUUGCGCUACAGUUGAGCUCAUUGCGGAAUGACAAAGAAUAUAUGACCAGCAGUUUUGCUGAAGUUGUUCAAGUUCGAUGCGUUCAAGGACGUUAUCCGAAUCAUCUGAUCGAUUUAUGGGAGUUAUACCGAGACAAUUAUCAGACGGAAAAUGAUCAUCCGGAAAUAUUUACCGAUGAUCAACUAUACAUCGUGUUCGAAUUAGCAAACGGUGGACAGGAUUUGGAAGCUUUCCAAUUUGCCAAUGCUUUACAGGCAAAGUCAACGUUUCAACAGACGGCAUUAGCCCUUGCCAUUGCAGAAAAAAAAUUACAAUUUGAACAUAGAGACUUGCAUUGGGGUAACAUAUUACUGUCUCCAACUGACGAAAAAUUUGUCAACUUUAAGUUCAAUGGAAAUACGUUUGAAAUACCUUCGGAAGGCAUAAAAGUAACAAUCAUCGAUUACACUCUCUCGCGGAUGCUCUACGAAGGGAUUGUCCUGUAUAAUGACCUGUCAAAUGACCAAGAAUUAUUUACGGCUCAUGGUGACUAUCAAUUUGACAUUUAUCGUUUAAUGAAAAGUAAUUUGGAAAACGAUUGGCAACGCUUCGAACCGUUCAAUAACAUUCUAUGGUUGCAUUACAUCGUCGAUAAGUUGAUAAACGGCGCUAGAUAUAAGAACACGAAAAGUCGCAAGCAUCGUUUGGCUAUCGAAGAUCUAAUGGUCAUCCGAGAUGAGAUCACUAACUAUAAAAGUGCAGUGGAAAGCAUUUUAUAAAUGAAAAGGCAUAACCUAAAAUUUGACGACAUAAUACCUAUUUGAAAAACCGAGUUAAUAACAAUUAUAAGAAAACAAAAUUUUAAAAUUAAUAUUCAUAAAAUAACUGUAAAUCUUGUAAAAAAAAUAGUUUCUAAGGAGAUGGCUUCGUUUGAAAUUGAAACACAAUUAUCUUUGUUUGAGAGUAACGUUCUAUUUGACAAAUUUUCCGUGUUCGAUUUUAUCGUGACUAAUUAUAACAUUAUUACAGUUUGGAUUACAAAUAAAGUAACAUUUGAAGAAACAGCAGAACA